AGCUAGGGAUGAAUAAACAUCAGAGUAAAAAUUUUAAAACUCACAGUUCACAUUAAACUUUUGCCGUUGCAAUGCGUUGCACUCCAAUAAUCGUGUUUCUAUCUGCACUGGCCCUAAACUCAUGUCUGGCCAGAGCCAGAUUCAGCUCGGAGAAGUCUCUGGAUGAUGGUGUCAUUGUUUGGCCGAUCGACCUGAUCCACUUUCCCCAAGCAUACACUCUCAUGCACAAGGUAGAGAAGCGCUUGGAGUGUAUUAGCGACGAGGAAACCAGGAGCCGCAUUAUGGACUACACCGUGGAUGAGUUAAGGAAGUGCAAGCUUGAUUUCCAAAUGUGUGAGCUCUGCGUUCUGCGAUCUAUUCCCUACACGAUGUCCUUUAUUUCGAGCCAACAGAAUCAACAAAGGCAUUAAAACUUAAAAAAAAGUAAUAAGUUUAAGGUAAUUAAGUUAGUAAACAAUAAAACAGAAAUUAGAAAAUAUAUUUUAUGAAUCAUUAAUGGAACUUCUUUCGGAAAGGCCAUUCUUAAUAAUAAUCAGAUACAAGAUUAUGAAAAUAAAAAUAUAAAUGUUUUUUAUGAA